CGCGAGGUCGCGGCCCCGCCGGAAGGGGCGGGGCUGGGCCUGGUGGCGCGGCGGGCAGCUCUGCGGCGGCCGGUGUUUGCGGGGCGCCGGGCCUGGCGGCGGGCGGGUUGGGUCGCGAUGCCGGAGCUGGCCGUGCAGAAGGUGGUGGUGCACCCCCUGGUGCUGCUCAGCGUGGUGGACCACUUCAACCGAAUCGGCAAGGUUGGAAACCAGAAGCGGGUGGUCGGUGUGCUUUUGGGGUCGUGGCAGAAGAAAGUGCUUGAUGUAUCCAACAGUUUUGCAGUCCCCUUUGAUGAAGAUGACAAAGAUGAUUCUGUCUGGUUUUUAGACCAUGAUUAUUUGGAAAAUAUGUAUGGAAUGUUUAAGAAGGUCAAUGCCAGAGAAAGAAUCGUGGGGUGGUACCACACAGGCCCCAAACUGCACAAGAAUGACAUCGCCAUCAAUGAGCUCAUGAAGAGAUACUGUCCGAACUCGGUGCUGGUCAUCAUCGAUGUGAAGCCCAAGGACCUGGGGCUGCCCACAGAGGCCUACAUUUCAGUGGAAGAAGUUCACGAUGACGGAACCCCAACCUCAAAGACAUUUGAGCACGUGACCAGUGAAAUCGGAGCAGAGGAAGCUGAGGAAGUGGGAGUGGAACACUUACUGAGAGACAUCAAAGACACUACAGUGGGCACUCUUUCCCAGCGGAUCACAAACCAGGUCCACGGGUUGAAGGGACUAAAUUCCAAGCUCCUGGACAUCAGGGGCUACCUGGAGAAAGUAGCCACAGGCAAGCUUCCCAUCAACCAUCAGAUAAUCUACCAGCUGCAGGAUGUGUUCAACCUGCUGCCCGAUGUCAGUCUGCAGGAGUUCGUCAAGGCCUUUUACCUGAAGACCAAUGACCAGAUGGUGGUGGUGUACCUGGCUUCCCUCAUCCGAUCCGUAGUCGCCCUGCACAACCUCAUCAACAACAAGAUUGCCAACCGGGAUGCAGAGAAGAAAGAAGGGCAGGAAAAAGAAGAGAGCAAAAAGGAUAGAAAAGAUGACAAAGAGAAAGAUAAGGAAAAGAGUGAUGUAAAGAAAGAAGAGAAAAAGGAGAAAAAGUAAAACAUGUAGCUUUUUAAAUUUGUAAAUUAAAAACUUGUCAACUAA